CCGAAGCGUUAGCUUUAAAUUUUGAUCAUCUCUCUCCGUUCGUUACUUGGAAAUUGAAUUGAGUGACACUUUGUUCUUUUAAUGUGAUUUUUGUUGUUAUAUAUAAAGAAUUUUAGUGCAUUGUGUGUGAAACUAGUAACGAGCAAAUUGUCUUGAAUUUUAAUUUGUGAAUCAAAGUACUACUGAACCUGGCAUCGAGAAUGAGUUCACCAUAGCGCGAGAUAACUGCUUGCUGAGCACAUCUGCAGUUACCGUUACACAUUCAUUUACGUUGUGAAAAACUAACGGAUGAGACAGAGGAGUGGAAACUAACUGAACUGUAAAAAAUUGAAGAAAGUGAGGAAUAACUAAAACAAGGAAUACAUUCAGGCUGCCGAAUACGUUCAAUUUCAAAAGUGCUAAAGAAUUUCAAGUUCAAAGAAUAACUAAGAAUGGCUACUAAAUCAACAAAAGAAAUAUUCCGAAUAUUAUUAUUAUUAUGCCUAGCAAUACAUAUUUCCCAAGGACGAAUAGCGUUUGAAAAAUUAACGGAUUAUGACUUUCAAGGAACCACUUAUUAUAGCGUCAAAAAUUUGUCGCUCUAUGAAUGCCAAGGGUGGUGCAGAGAAGAACCAGACUGUCAGGCAGCUGCUUUCAGCUUCGUGGUUAACCCGUUAACACCAGCACAGGAAACAUUAUGUCAGCUACAAAAUGUUACGGCAGCCAAUAAUCCAGCCAGCACUGCUCAACGAUCAUCCAGCAUGUACUACAUGGUAAAACUUCAACUACGGUCGGAAAAUGCAUGCCAACGUCCAUGGAAUUUUGAACGGGUUCCUAAUAAAAUUAUCCGUGGACUUGAUAAUGCGCUGAUUUACACUAGCACAAAAGAGGCAUGUCUAUCUGCGUGCUUAAACGAAAAAAGGUUCAUUUGUCGAUCUGUCGAGUAUGACUACAACAACAUGAAAUGUGUUCUCAGUGAUUCAGACAGGAGAACUACUGGUCAACUGGUGCAGUUAGUCGACGCCCAAGGGGUUGACUAUUUCGAAAAUCUAUGCUUAAAACCUUCUCAAGCUUGUAAAUUUAAUAGGGCAUUCAUAUUACCUCGCACAGGCGUUUCAGAAGACAAGGUAUCUCAAUACGUGGGGCUGCAUUAUUAUACUGAUAAAGAAUUGCAAGUGACUUCAGAUUCUGCAUGCAAAUUGGCAUGUGAAAUUGAGACAGAAUUUUUAUGCCGUUCGUUUUUGUACAUGGGUCUGCCGACUGGCGUGCAAUAUAAUUGUCGAUUGUAUCAUCUCGACCACAAAUCAUUGCCGGAUGGACCAUCAACAUACUUAAAUGGAGAGCGUCCUUUGAUCGAUAUCGGAGAACCAUCAGGAGCAUAUUUCGAGAAUUCAUGUGAGAAAGCGGCUCCUGGAGAAAACACACUCCCUGUUGUUUUUGAUGCUGCUGAAGAUCUUGCAGUUAAUAAUUUAACACGAAAUGAUGCAAACUGUGACAAAACUGGAACAUGCUACGAUGUAUCGGUACAUUGUAAGGAUACACGUAUUGCGGUGCAAGUACGCACUAACAAACCGUUCAAUGGUCGUAUCUAUGCCCUUGGACGCUCUGAAACAUGUAACAUAGACGUUAUCAAUUCUGACUCGUUUCGGUUGGAUCUCACAAUGGGAGGACAGGAUUGCAACACGCAAAGCGCAACUGGUAUUUACAGCAACACAGUCGUUUUACAACAUCAUUCGGUAGUAAUGACCAAAGCUGAUAAAAUUUAUAAGGUUAAGUGCACUUAUGACAUGAGUUCAAAAAAUAUUUCCUUCGGAAUGUUGCCCAUCAGAGAUCCAGAAAUGAUACACAUAAACUCUUCACCAGAAGCUCCUCCCCCGAAAAUUCGUAUUUUGGAUGCUCGAAGUCGUGAAGUAGAAACUGUGCGUAUUGGAGAUCGCCUGACAUUCCGCAUUGAAAUUCCCGAAGACACAGCUCCAUACGGAAUAUUUGCACGUUCAUGUGUGGCUAUGGCUAAGGACUCCAAGAGUACGUUCCAGAUUAUCGAUGAUGAUGGAUGUCCAGUUGACCCAAGUAUUUUCCCUGCAUUCACCCAAGAUGGCAACGCAUUGCAGUCAAUUUACGAAGCAUUCAGAUUUACUGAGAGCUACGGAGUAAUAUUCCAAUGCAAUGUGAAAUAUUGCUUGGGACCAUGUGAACCUGCAGUUUGCGAAUGGGGAAGAGAUUCUGUCGAAUCAUGGGGUCGAAAGCGCCGUUCCGUGACCAGGAAUGAAACAAUAGAAAAUGAGGAAGAAGACAUGAAUAUUUCUCAGGAAAUACUGGUUUUGGAUUUCAGCGAUGAGAAAAAUCGAGAUUUUCUGCGUAGUGAGGCCAGUACGGAAUAUGGAAGAGAUAAAACUGUAACAAUUAUUGAGCCAUGCCCAACAAAAACAUCAGUAUUAGCUCUCGCUGUCACAUGUUCGUUGAUGGUUCUUGUAUACAUGUCAACUUUGUUCUGCUAUUACAUGAAAAAAUGGAUUAAACCUCACAAGACUAUGGCCUGAAAAAUCAAUCAAGACAUUUGACGCUGCUUACUUAACGAUUAUUUUGUCACCUAUGUGUCUCUUGGAAUCUGCAAACCGUGCAGCUACGACUGGGCGAAGUCACCGUACUUUUGAAAAAGUGAUAAAUGUUUUUUGGCUGAGUACUAGGUAGCCCGUGACAGUAUGUUAAGUUUGCGCUUGAAAUCAGCUUAGGGAGCGUUCUUUUUACGUAACGCAAAAAAAUCUGAUUUUGACUCCCUCCUCCCUCGUAACAAACUUUCCAUACAAACUUAGAAAAAUUAUGGAGCGUCACGCGGCCUCCUCCUCCCACCUACUGCGUUACGUAAUAAAAGAACGCUCCCUUAUCACCUUGCGGUAAUAGUGGAUUUACUUUCAUAUAAUAUAGAUUCCAUCAAAAACACUUGUGAAAAAAUAGCAAAAAACCAAACUUUUUCUAUUGGGUUAAUGAUUCUUUCUACGUAAUUUUAUCUUAGCCCCAAUUUCAGAUUAUUCCGAUUUUUAAGCGAAGAUGGCGUUACGAAUGGCGCACGCCCGAAAUGUCAAAAUCGUGCAGUGGUACCAACAUUAGAAAAAAUUGCUGUCAUGCCAUGGCACACUUUUUUGUGAUAAAUGUUAGUACCGAUGCGGGAUUUUGACACUUCGGGCGAGCACCAUUUGUAAAGCCAUAUUCGCUUAAAAAUCUGGAUAGUUUGUCUUUGAUCAAAGAUAAUAUAUAAGGUUUGUCCAGUUCUUCAUGUGUGAAAGGGUCAGAAGAAAAUGAAAAAAAUCCAGAGAAAUCAAACGAGCGUUCUUUCAAACUGUCGAACCGAUCAUUACUUAUAUUAUGAUGUAUUAAUUUGGACUUUGAAGAGUAUUGAUUACACUGACCUAACAAAAUUGACAAAAAUGACUGCGCAGGCUCAACUCGAGGAAAAGCAUGAAGAUUGGGUUCCCCAGAAACACCUACACUUUGAUUUUUUCAAAAAUAUUUAGACAGGGCCAAAUAGUUAUUCUCCAAAGUUUGUGUGGAGUAUUAGUGCAGUUCGCUACUUCCACACAUUGCAUGCAAUUUUUGCUUGUAUGCAACAUAGACGAACCGCCCUAAUUGGCCGAAUGGUUACGCUGUCCGCUUUGUAAGCGGAUGAUUCUGGGUUCGAUUCCCAUCUGCUGCAACCUU